AUGCCUAGACUCCUUCUCGCUAGAGCGACAGAAACGUGUCAUCCCCUACACCACACACACCGUCAUUUACUCUUUUCAGCCCACAGUCCUCCUAUUGUUCCCCGUAGAUUGCCACAUUCCAUGCCCUCUUUCUUGCACUCGGAUCUAUCGACCAGCGUGGGCCUUUGGGAUUCUUCGUGGUCUAGCUGUCCUAGAAUAUUCAACAAGUAUCCCGAUCCAGUUGCUUUCUCGAUGAUGGCGACAGGCUAG